AUGAAGUUCAACGACUUGUUCAAGGAGUUCGACAACUUCGACCCCACGAGCUUCUACGGCGCUGCAUGGGAUUUUAGUUGGACAGGUGAGCGCAUCUGCCUGGCUGGGGACAGUGCAGGUGGCAACUUGUGCCUUGCACUGAGCCUCAAGAUGAUUCAGCUACAGUUGCGCCGCCCCGAUGCCAUGUUCUGUGCAUACACACCAGUCAUGCUCAAUGCUCAUCCGUCUCCAUCCAAAGUGCUCACAUGCAUGGACCCACUCAUACCUCUUGAAUUUCUUCUCACCUGCGUUCAUGCCUACGUUGGUGUGGAGCCGCAUGACACGAGGCAACAGGACGCUAGAGACACACAAGCCAUUCACAUAGCAGCGGAGGCGUUGUCAUUGGUGUCCAAUCAGGAACGGGAGCCAGAAACUGAAAGUCCGCAUUCAAAAGCAAGCGUGCCUUCCGAAGAGCCUCGGAAAGAACAACCGUACCCUCGUCGUGUCGACGAGCUCAAGAGCCAGAACGAUUUACACCAGGACUGUACAGACCGUGCAUCUCUGCCAGCCACAAAUGGCAUAGAAGUGAAUGCUGGUGAAGAGCACGUCAUAUUCGAGAUUCCCGCCGACCUCUCGACAUCGUUGCGGCGCAAAGCGGCAGAAAUGAGCAAGCAAAGCUUGGAAAAAGUAUCCGGACCCGCUUCUAGAAAACGGCUCCCCAAGACUCGUCGGGAAGCACUGCCGUGGUUUCAUCCGGAGAACCCGUCUCGAUUGAAGACUUUGGAGGCGUUGGUGGCUCGAGCGGAGGACCCGUUGAUGACACCGUACUUGGCUUCGGAUGACUUGUUGAGGAACAUGCCUCCUGCCUACUUUUUGUGCCUUCACCUCGACCCAACUUUAGACGACAUGAUCAUGUUUGCCAAGAAGUUGCGUGCAUUGGGCUGCCAGAUAACUAUCCGCGUGCUGGAUGACCUGCCGCACGGGUUCCUUAACCUCUUUCCUCGUGGAAACGAGGCCCUAGAAGGCAUUCGGUGCUGUGUCACCAUGCUCAGGGCUGCCCUUCAAAUGGAGACGCUGGGUGGCAAAUGAGUAUUUUUGAUACACCCGCUAUACAGCCAGUGGUCAGUUAAUAAUACUACACUCAAACCUCGUUAUAACGAACACGGAUAUAACGAAUUAUCGGUUAUAACGAAGUAAAUGAAGAAUAGUCUUGUCAUAGCUACAGUGUUACAAAUAAACCUUUAUAACGAAUUUUCGGAUAUAACGAAGUUAUUUUCGUAGCAGAUGCAACUUUGUUAUAAUGAGGUUUGAGUGUAGUGGUGAUUUUUCGUGAGCCAGUCUUCUUAUACAGAGACUAGGAAACACUCUAGGCGAGUGCAUCAAACACACACUUGCAUUGCUUUUGAAUGUAAGAGGCCCUUUAUGGCAAUGAGAUUUACUAAGGCAUUAUAUAUCGUUGUUGACAAUUUACAAUGAAACUAUGCAUUUCCCUUGAGAGGCCAAAGUAGUUGGAGGUUUGCAAUUAUAUGUGUGGCAAAGUGCAGUACUUGUAAUGUAUUUUGGAACAAGUAGUUUGGUAUUUAAACUGAUAGGAGCUUACCAUGUUGCUGCCAGAAAUCGAUACUGUUUACAGGGUGUUGUGAAAUGCCUUACCACGUAAAAGAGGCCUGCCUGAGAGUGUAUGCUAAUUGCUGAUUGUGAGGAAAGGACUGAUGCUUUAUUGAUCCGGUGAAGGUCAUAUGUAUCAUGUCAUUCAUGCAUACCUUAAUUAGAAGAGCUGAUUUUGUAACCUGGAGAGCCCUUUGGCCAUAAAAUUGAAUGAGAAAUCGUGGUGCGUGAGAGCAUUUGGGCACUUAAUUGAGUUUGAAUACCUUUGCUAUAAUAGUAAGACAGCAUGAGAGAGAGAUGGGAAAAUACAAAGCAGGACAACAAUCAAUGCUGUUUCGGGUUUUCUAUACGCAUUGUUUUCUAAUGAUUUGGUAAGAUUAGCAUUUUCAGCUCACCCAAUUCUCUUUCUUUGUUGCAUAUUUUGUUAGUUGCAGCUGUGCUGUUAUAGUGGCAUUAGCGUAAGCUUUCAUGCCAGCUGGAUUCUGGUCGUAAGGUAUAAUUAAAAGGACAUAGAACUGUUUGCAAAUCAAUCGAAAUAGUCUCGCCGAUGGAAAAAUGGAGUCCAGCGCUGUCCAAAAAGCAAUGUUCUCCUUAAUAAACGAGGAUCUAUAGUUUAGUUCUGCACAAAAAUUACUGUAGCAAAAAAUGAUGUGUGAUGCCUGAUGCUGCAAAAGAUGAACAAAUGUAGGAUUCCUGAUCACAUGCCCUUCUAUUCGUGUAUGUGGCUAUUGGACCUUUGUUUGAUAUUAUAAAAAGAAAAAUUUUCUAUUAUAAUUUUUUGUAUAACUUAUAAUGUGCAUGUAAAUGUUUGUUUUUAGUUGAAAAGUGUUACUGUCUUCGUAUAAUGUAGUGAACACCUCACGUGCAGUCUUCAUUGUGAUGAUGAUGCAAAAGCACAGUUUCUUCAUGUUUGAGUUGGCUUGGCUUGUCUAUACACAGAAUAAGGAUAGUAAGGGCAAGCCAUGACGUAGGCGUAAGCUGGGCAUUGGCACAUGCUAGUUGGUGUCCAAAUACACACCCCGGUGAUGGUUCUCUCUGUUCAAGAGAGACAGAUCUUGAAGGCUAUGCUCUUCUAACUGCAGUUGGCGGAAGCAAAUUAGGAGCCAGAAUUACAUCGUAGACACCAUAUUUUAAGCAUCAGCAUCAGCUUUGUGAAAACAGGGUGAUGGAAAUCUAAAAGAGGGCUGUACACUAAUGAAUAGAAUGUGGAUGGUUAACAAAAAUUGAAAGAAAGGUCUUUGGAAAAGACGCCCAUCACUCGGCUUUCGUAGCUUGCGAGGCGGUCGAUUAUUGUCACUCUCACUUCUCAGUAUUGUUACUAUAGGGACUUAAUUUUGUUAGAGAUUGCUCAGAUUUAAAAAAUCAUGGUUGGAAAAAAAUCCAUGUGCUUUUGGAAAUGACCACUGCUGGUAUAGUUGUUUCCAAGGACAGGUUUUUCAUUGCACCGUGGCAAACUGAUACCUUAAAGGGACGCUAAAGUGAAACAGCGAAUAGAUUUAGAUUGAUAAAUUGUGCUCUGAGAACUGUAAUGUCGUUAAUUCCACCGUCAUAGGUUUAUUAAUAGAGGAGAAAAUCAAGGUCAUAGUUUCAUUUUUAAAUGUUGCAUUGAAAUCUCCGCGCGUGACGUCACUGAUUUCUCAGUGUAUUUUUCGUGUUUUGGUGAUAUUUGCUCGACGAAACUUACUGAAACUUGGUAUGUGAAGUCUGUGGCCCCCUCAGAGAACAGUGUACAUCAUUUUUACUGAUUAGGAACUACAUAGGACCUAGUAGGUGCCAUCAAAAUCUAUGACGUCACAGUGCUUGAUGCAGGAAUUUCUGGGUGGCAUCGCCACCCACAUUUACUUCUUGUGCCUUUUCUCGCUUACCAAGCGUCUUCUCACGGCAAGCAUGGGGAUUUUGGAAUUGUAAAAGAGUAAUUUACUAAUAUGAGAAAAAUCGUUUUUCUUUUCAGUGUCCUUUUAAGAAGCAGUUGUCGGUCUUUUUAAAUAUUCACGAGUCAGACUGGUUUGAGUGGUGAGCAGCAGAGGUUAACCUGCUCGAGCAAGCAUGUCAGUGUAGCAAGGCCGCAUUUUCUGAUCAGCCUUGAAACAGGAGUGUGUUUUAGUCACUGUGUACCGUCUCACUGUGACCUCCAUUACAGAAAUUAUGACAGUUUGCCACAUUCUUUACAGAUGCAUUGACAGCAUUGUGUUACUUCAUUUUGCACAGGGCAUUCACUACAGUCAUGACUCUGCUGUUUGCUAGAGUCACGUAUAUGUAUAAAUGGUGAAGGCAUUCAGAUGAUUUUCUUGACCAGAGACCCACGUUGAUGUGCUUGGUUUGUGUCACUGCUAUGUGUGCUGUGUUGCUGCAUUCAGAUAUGAAGGCAGUGCACCAGUGACAUUUUUUCUGGUUCCUUUUUAGCAAAAUAAUUUUUAUUCUCUAAAUAGUCAGCAUACAGCUCUUGUAGAUACAUAACAUCUCUUGUUAUGUGAAGCAUGUUGUACUUUAGCAAAUUUCUUGGCUGGCACUUUGGUCAGGAAGUCUUGCCUACGAGUCAAAGUAUAGUAAACGUUUGUUCUCCUAUAUUGCCCUUGUCAGAGAUAUGUGUUAUGAUGAGUAAAUUGAAAUGUCUUCCCAUCCCCUUCCCACCGCUUUUCCAUGUUCUGUGUUAAUGUUGUGGCAGAGCAUGUUAACCUUGUUUUCGUGUUUUUAUCUGUCACUUGUUUGUCAUGUUAUGUUUUGCGACACCAUUGCCAUUGCCUACUUUUGGGACUGCCUCACUACAUCAUAUUCUCACCGGUGUCGACGUCCAUCUCUAAAUAUUCUUGAAGACAUUUGCAGCAGAAAAUACGACGGCCAUUGUCACUGAUUAUGAAGAUUUGCUAUUUCCUGUGGCCAGCUGGCACAUGAGCAUGAGACUCUGGACGCUUGAGCUUCACGUUACAUGGCCACAAGGAGUAGUGGCUAGCAUGCUGUCUUCUGCACGCCGAGCAAAUCAAUCUUUAGAUUUUAAUGGUUCGCGGCUCCAUUACUGCGCAGGUAGGACAAGUCAAGGCAAAUUACUUACUCGAUGUAGGGACUGCUAAAAUAUUUCUUAAUAUUGCACGACACCCAUGGCACUAAAAAUUUUUUUUGUUAAGUGCUCUAGUUGCCAUGGUGCUGUGCGGUAUUGCUAGCAAAGGUUGGCAUUCCUGCACACUGCGCAGCUGCGACUUGCACAACGAAUUUCACAUUUUAGGCAGCCGAACCUUGUUUCAUUGCUAUUGUAUCGUGCACUCCGAUUUGCUGAUGGUGUCAAAGAAAAAAUUUUGGAGUACACAACACGCAAGAUGUCACUGUUAGUGUUGUGACGUGGUUGAGAUUAUUUCUGCCCUGCCUUAGAGUGCUUACAUUGAAUGUUGCAUGGUGUGUGGUGACGUUUGUACAUCUAUGAAUAUUGAGUAGUUCCUAAACCAUUUGUUAUCAGUUUUUCUUUUUUGUGUAUUUUUUUUUGUAGCAGCCGUGCUGGUCACUAUUUGCUGUAAUGGGUCACCUUCUGCUUCCUUGUUGGUCUUACUUAAAUGAGCAAUGAACAGUCAGUAUUAUGUUUUGCUCAAAGUCGUGCUCAAAGAAUGCAAAAUAGUUUUUCAGCAUGGCAGAUUACCUUCUUUGCGUAUGCACAUACUAGGUGGCUGUUAUUAAUGUAAUUACGCACAGUAGCAGUGACAUCAUCAUGUUCUGUACAAGGUGUACUGCAUAGAAUACUUGUGUGUACAAAGAUGUUUUGUACUUUGAAAGGUGUAUAAACUGUCCACGCACACC